AUCAACAGCAAAUAUUUUGGUGGCGUCGCAGCUUGUGAGCGCGCGCGCGCGUGUGUGUGUUAAUAUUUUUUUUUUUUUGUGCAUUAACCGGUGGUGGUGUUUUUUUUAUCGGCUCAGAAACAGAGUUUGGAGGAGGCUGGAAGGCGGAAAGUGAAGAAGAAGAAGAAGAAGAAGAAGCAGAGCGGAGGGACUGUAGUGGCAGACGUUUGUUUAUUUGUUUUUGUUUGCUUGUUUUGGGAAAAGCAGAGUGACUUUCAGCUUUUCAGAACAGCGUCCACUUCUCAUGUCUUUCAGCUGACUGACUGCUUUUUAAUUACAGGAUUUAUCCCUCGCGAGUUGGUGAUAUUCAGCCAUGGUGAAAGAGACUAAAGCCAAAACUUUCCAGGCGUACCUCGACUCCUGUCACCGCCGUUACAGCUGCAUCCACUGCCGCGCUCACCUAGCCAACCACGAUGAGCUCAUCUCCAAGUCUUUCCAAGGGAGCCAGGGUCGUGCCUAUCUGUUCAACUCAGUGGUGAACGUGGGCUGUGGUCCGGCUGAGGAGAGGCUGCUGCUGACUGGACUGCAUGCGGUGGCUGAUAUUUACUGUGAGAACUGUCACACCACUUUGGGCUGGAAAUAUGAGCAGGCGUUUGAGUUGAGUCAGAAGUAUAAGGAGGGAAAGUACAUUAUCGAACUUUCCCACAUGAUUAAGGACAAUGGCUGGGACUGAAGCUCUCAGUGCCUACCAUCAGCAUGAUACACUUUUUUUUAUACACAUUACUAUUGUUUUUGCAUUACUAUUGAGCACUUUUUUUCAUCCUUGAUAACCCAGUUCAUCUGUUUUACAUUUAAAUGUGAUUGAAAAUCCAUAAGAUCGUAAGUUAAGAGCCUAUGCGUUUGAGAGAUGUACAAAAACGUUAGGAGCUUAACUUAAUCUCCAAAACUUUGCUGGAAAUUAAAUACACAGCUUUUCAGAUCCAGUCCAUUUAGUGUAAUUUGCAAGUCUGGGCAAAAUAUUGACCUUUAUUGAAAGGUCCAGUGACUUUUUCUUUCCAUUUUUAGGUUCAGGUUUAAAAGCACGAGGUAGCAGAUGUGAUUAUUUCGGAUAAAUGUUUUACGCUGCAUUAUUUUGUGGUAUCUACCACUUGAGGUAUCAGUUUUAUUUCAGUGUGAAGUGCAUUGAGAGACUGAAGACAAUGUGCAAUAUGUGUGUGUGUGUGUUUGUGUGUGUGUGUGUGUGCGUGCGUGCGUGUGCAUGUGUUUGAGCUAGUGAAAGUGUUUCUCUUAAUGUUGUCAUUUUUCUUUUAAAUGUUUCAAGGUAUAAAGGAAUCCUGUGAAUGUUAAGGGGUUGUAGCAUGUAGGCCGUAUGGUGUACAUUGUUUCCUGAGACACCUCAGUUACAGCUUAAUUUAGAAUGUAAUUGUGACUUUUUGCUUGAGGAAAUAUAAAUACAGUCAUUUGAUCAUGGUCGAAUCUGAAAGUUAGUAGCAAAUGUCUGUAAAUGCUAAAUCAUUUAGGUUUAUUUUAUCAACUGGUGUGUUAUUAAAUUGUGAUGAAUAUAUGUUGACUUUAGUGUAUGUAAAUACAGAAUAUAUAAAUAAAAAUAAAAGAAUUGUUACUCA